AUGCUGCAUAUCAACUCCGAGUCGGAAGUCGAGCUCCAACGCGAGCUCGACCGUGAUCUUCAAGAGGAGCUCGAAGAGCUCGAACGUCGUCAAUCUUCACCCCUUCCUGCUACUUACUACCCUUCUGCUACUACUCUCUCUUAUUCAAAAGAACCGGCAUCUACUCCGGAGCGUCUUCCUUCCGAUGAACCCUGCGAACUGUCUGAGAAAGAGAUAUCGACAACUCCCGUGCGAUCCCACGUCACCCCGUCUCAAAGUGACAUCCCAACCGGCAACAAUCCUUCACCAGAGGACAUCAGAAAUGCAAGCUAUCGAGCUCGAGCAGGUCCAUACUGUCUUCACGAAACGGUUCAGCGCUACUGGAGCAUCGAUUCAUUUACGCCUUUGCAAUGCGAGAAUAAAGAUUGCGGUCGACCUGCGCGGUUUCUUUAUGAAUGCACGGCGGAUACAGCAGAAUACUCGGCCUUUGAAACGUCGGUCCCCGAGCGAAACAUCGAUAUCUUGCCGAAAUGGAUUCAAAAGGCUAUCGGCGAGGGCAACUACCUUCCAGCCCAAGUGGAAAAGCUCUUGGACCAGAAAAUGGAAGUGCUUGAAACUGCAGCCAACUUGCGAGAGCAGGCCCGGCCCUCACAUAGGGCUUUGCCUGGAGGGCGAGGGUUAUUCAAUGACCAAGAGGCAAUUGACCAGCGGAACUAUCGAGAAUUGAUGCAACUUUUGUCGGCCCGAACGCGGAGUUUCUCAAAUCUGGAGCCCUGUCGAGCAAUGUUUUGCACAAUGUGUCGGUCUCAUACGUCUGAUAAUUCCUGGGGUAGCAUUGCCAAAGUCGUCAAUGAGGCCUAUAAAGAGCCUCUUCGUACCCGGCAAACAUAUACCGUCCGAUCACUAAAGGGUGGACGCUGCGCGGUCUGCCUGAGGAUCCUACACAUUGGCAACACACUGCAUGGUUUCAAAAGUGGUGGGAAAAGUACCAAUAUCCAGCCGACAAUGGUAUUGCACUGGUCCUGA